AGAUUCCUCCAGUAAGAUUGCAGCAUUUCUUCUCUAAUGUGACUGAUAUGCCCUCAAACAAAUGCAACUAAAGUACCUGCCUGAUUUGGUAUAUCUUUCUUUGUCUCGCACUGAUUUAUUUUUGCUCCACAUAUAUUGAUAAAGUGAGUUCAAGAGCAACUGUCCAGUGGAAAGAAUUUGAAACCCUUAAUUUUACUAUGUGCCAGACCCUGUUUGUUUGUGGAGUGAAAUUGGAUUAUAAUUUCUGUAAAUGUGUAUGGUGAUAUUUGCUCCGAUUUUUGCAAUCUUUGCAUUUGCAACAUGUGGUGGCUACUCUGGAGCACUGAAAGUCAGUGUGGACUGUGUGAACAAGUCAGAAAGUAACCUGAACAUUGAGAUAGGAUUUUCUUAUCCUUUCAGGUUACACCAAGUGUAUUUUGAUGCACCCACAUGUGAAGGAAAAAAGCAGGAGAGGCUGUUUCUGAUAGGUGACUACUCAUCAUCUGCAGAGUUCUUCGUCACCAUUGCAGUCUUUGCAUUCCUGUACUCACUGGCAGCUACAGUAGUUUAUAUCUUCUUUCAAAACAAAUAUCGUGAAAACAACCGAGGCCCUCUGAUUGAUUUUAUUGUGACUGUGGUCUUCUCAUUCAUGUGGCUCGUGGGAUCGUCAGCCUGGGCGAAAGGACUCUCUGAUGUCAAAGUUGCUACAGACCCUGAUGAAGUGCUUUUACUCAUGUCCGCGUGCAAACAGCAGGGCAAUAAGUGCUCACCUGUCAGGGACCCUGCUAUGUCAGGAUUAAACACAUCCGUUGUCUUUGGAUUUCUUAACUUUAUUCUGUGGGCUGGGAAUAUCUGGUUUGUGUUCAAGGAGACUGGUUGGCAUACUUCAAGUCAACGACACACUCAAAGUACCAUGGAGAAACAGCCAGCUCAAACUGGCUUCAACCAACCCUACAAUCAGCGGGCAAGUGAUCAAGAAAGCUAUGGUCAAACAGCUGGAUACAACCAACAAGGCUAUGGACAGCAACCAGGUUAUGGGCAACAAGCUUCAUAUGGUCAGAUUGGAGGCUACAGUCAGGGUGGUUACAGCCAGAAUGCUCCAACUUCUUUUACCAAUCAAAUGUAAUCUGUUCUAGGUCUAAUAUCUGUGCAUCUUUUGUCUGAAAUCUCCAUAGCUCCAAGCUUUCAGUUAGAGUAAAUUCAUAAGGGUAUUGAGUAUUUCUGUGAUAUUGCUUGUGAGAAAUAUCAGUAGGGAGUUACAGUGAUUUUACUCACUUGUUAAUAGCAAUUUUCAGGUGUUCAAAUAUUAGCAUGGUGAUGUAAGUAUUGAUGGUUACCAUAAGUAAAUAUCACUUAUAAAUACCUUCAUGCUUAGUGUCUUUUUUUAUGUUGUAAUGAAGUUGUAAAACCUGUAAAAUUUUUGAAAUGCACAAAACAUAUUUUGCUUGUGCAACAUGUGUUCCUGCCAUGUGUGGUAGUUUCUGUCUGAUUGAGCAAAUAGUAUUAGAAUUGAAUUAAUCUUUUCAGCUUUCUGGGGAGGAAUUGAUAAGUGGCCCAUGUGUGACUACUAAAUAUUGCAUUGUGUGUACUGAAAAAUGGCUUGUGCAUGACGUUGUUACAGCUUUUACACUGUGCCCUACUCUGGUGUGUUGUUACUUAGUGCAAUCUCACCCUUAUAGUUAAUAAAGAAAAAAUGUUUUUAUGCUGUAGCUACAGAUAUUACAGUCAAAUGGGAUUUAUAUUUCUAUGUUUGUUAAAAAGAUGCAUUUUGUUCAAAAACCCUUGUUUGUUAAAUGUAAAAGUUAUUUUGUUUACUUUAUAUAUAUUAUUUGUUAGUACAAAUGCAAAUGUGAUUUAUUUUCAGCAUGCCAGUGUGUUUUGUAAUAUAUCUUUGAAUUCACUACAGCAGUGCAAAACUGCAUUAGAUCACCCUAAAAUAUUGAAAAGAUCUUUACUAUAGAAAAUGUUUAACUUUUUAUGAACGUAAGUACAACCUGCUUCUGCAACUUGCCACAGCUAUCUCUCUUUGGUACAGUAGUUACGUACCUGCCUGCAGUGUGGUCUCACUGUGUUGUCACACAAAUGAAAUAGUUGUUGUAGAAACAUUGAAUCUGUAUCUGUCUAUAACAGUCAAUAUAUUAUGCUCAAUAUCUUGACGUAAGAUGUAGUUAUCAAAGCACAAAGCAACUAUGAUUCCGUUCUGUCUUUUUGAAGUACUGUGGUGUUGUGGUAAUGAUUGCAAAAUGAGUAUGUGAAUGUAUUCAAAAUAAUCAUUAGCAUCUGUGAUCAAAACCAUUGGCCAAUGUAAUCCAGUUCGUAAACAUAAAAUUGAAAAUUUUCAAAAUACAACACACGAUAGUCCGUAAUGUCAGCUUAGAAACAGUCAAACUAUUUUCUCGGAUGAUACAAUGAGCCAUCAAAAUAAUGCUAAUGAUACUCACAGUUAUUUAUGCACAGCAAAUUCAAGCACAGAGUAAAUGCACAGUUAAUUUCCAAAAUACAAAAUUAGUUGUUUAGACGCAAAGCUCUCCCGUUAACCUCACACAAAGAGCAUUGCAAUGCCUGGCUCACCACUGAAGUAAGUAGCAUAAACUUCUUGUGUUUGUAUACCGUAUGAAUUAAACAGAAGGGCUUCUUGCAGCACGGUGGACUAGGAAUUCUGGGCUUGAAACCUUCACACCUAGACUGUUAUGCCCACUUUCCCUGAUCUGUCGGGUUUAUUCCCGAUAUCAGUUACUCAAGGCAAUUCGAGCAAUGGAAUGUAUCCAAUGUUCUUCAUAAGAGUAAAAUAUACUACAAAUGAUAUUGCAAAAAUUUUACCGUUAUAAUGCUUUCUAUCACAAGUAAACUCUUUUAAAUAGACCUGUCUGAAGGUCAGACCAGGACUGGUGAUCAGCCUGCUCAAUCUCAACUUCCAGCCAUUUGAUGAGAUGAACUCCUCAGUUAGCCAAUUGUGCUGUGAGGCAAAUUAUUUUAAUAUCAUUUCCAUACAAAACAGUAAAACUCUUAUCCAGUCUCAAGGAAAAAAAAUAGUUGUGUACCACGGCCAGUUUAAUUAAUUGACUCAUGAAAUCUUGCUUGUCUGUCCUUGGAAAGAAACUUACCUCUUGCUUUUAGUAAACUCUGACCUCAACUUUAGCUUGAUUUUUCUUCUAUCUACUUUUAUGUCAUUGAAUCAACCGCCUGCUAUUUACACAGCAAUUCUAUAACAAUCACAAAUACAUUUGAUAAAUAGUCCACACUGUCACAUCCUCUUCAUGAUGUCUGUUUUCCAGAGUUACUGUGAUAGUUCAGCCCAUUACUGCUGAGUUACGGUACUCCAAUGUAAAUACAUACAUGCCUUCAGCAAAAUACAGAGACACUUUAUAACCUGACCAUUCUAAUCAUUAGGUCAUCAUCAGACUUUAUAUGUGUUCUCAUUUCAUUCAAAUUCAUUGAAUUUCAUUUUGGUAAUGCAGCAAAUUUUGGGUUAAUAUCUACAUCAGAAACCUAUGGCCAAGGGAACUUUGUUCAAAUGUGUCCAAACAUGUGAGAACAACCUACAAAUCCUCCCAACACACGCCAAUGGCAAGCAGUAAGAGUGGAAAAGAUUUCUGAUCAGCCUGUACUAUCACUGUCCAUGGCUGCAGACUACAGCAAACAUGUAAAAUUGCAUGUUGCCAUUGGAACUUGGACUCCCUGAGUGAACUGUAACUCAUCACUGCCAGCACAAACUAAACCCUGCGGAGGAAGUUAAAUCUUGACCUUUAAUCUAAGUUCCGUUUUAAUGCUGUGAUAAGUGUUAAUUGUUGCAAACCAUCCUCUCUCAACACUGAAAAUGAGUAUAAAUAUGGAGUUUUCUUCAUUUAGGCUUUAAUUGCUGGGGAUUUAAAAAUGUUGACUUUUUCUUUGUCUGAUUUUGUUUUACUCUUAGUCCAAUCUUCCUUUCCCUUUUUUCAUCUCUUUGUAUCUGAUUUAACAUUGAAUGCAUUCUUUCUGAAUUACAUUUUCUUCUCACUUCUUACAUUGUUACUUUCUGAAUUCCUCUAAUCUGAUGGGAGAAGAGAUAUCCAGUUACUUGUACUGUACACAAAAGUCCUUCCCUUGCUGCACCAUAAACAGCUCAUAUUUGCAGCAGUUUGUCACCAUAAAUAUUGAAACCUAACUAAUGGUAGAUGCCUUGUUCCCUGCCACAAAUUAUGACUCAAUGUUUUUUGUUUGUUCUUUACAAAACCCAAUCAGUUUAAUAAAUUCUAGCAGCACACAAAGCCUUCUUCUGAACCAAGUCAGACUGCCCAAACCGAAGUUGCCUAAACUAAAUCAGAGUUUUAUCUGUCAUUCAGUUUUUAGCCAAUAUAACUAUUCACUAAUCUGACAAGCAUUUGGCAAAGACAGGACUUUUUGAAUGAAGUAAUUUACAGAUUAAUACGGAAAUUUGAACUUAAGUAAAUUUUUGUAUUGCUCCCAUCAAAAUCUCUGCAUAUAUUUUAUAAAAAUAUAUUUGCUGAAUUAUAUACUUGUCUGAAUGCUGUCCAAAGUUUUAAUAUUGGUGUAAAGCAGAAGUAUCGUGGUUUGGUGUUCAUUGUAUCCGCAUAUGCUUACUUUGAAUGUUAUAAGUACAGUACAUUGUUAUUUCCACUUCGAGUAAUCCAAUUAAAGUACAGUACUGCAUUCAA